AUGUUGAAUGUUGUCCUAGAUUUCUUUGGAGGAUGUAGCAUGCCAAAGUAUAUGACCAGUGCAUGUCUAGUGCUAUUGCCCAAGGUGGAAUUUCCCAACUCUUUAACUGAAUUUAGACCCAUCAAUCUAAGCAAUUUCAUCAACAAGAUCAUCUCCAAAGUCAUUUGCUCUAGACUAGCUCCUAUCCUCCCUAGAAUAAUAUCAGCAAAUCAGUUUGGCUUUGUUAAAGGUAGAAAUAUCUCAAAGAACAUCAUGCUGGCACAAGAGAUAGUUCAUGGUAUCAAGAAGCCAAAUGAAGGCUCUAAUAUUGUCAUCAAGCUAGACAUGGCCAAGGCUUAUGACAGGGUGUCAAGGAGCUACACUUGCAUAAUGUUAAGAAGAAUGGGCUUCUGUGAGAUGGUUAUUGACAUGAUUUGGAGGACCAUGUCCAAUAACUGGUACUCAGUCAUAGUCAAUGGCACAAGGUCUUCUCUGCAAAGGAUCAUGUGGAUUCUAAACAACUAUGAAAACACAUCUGGUCAACAAAUCAAUAGGCACAAGAGUCACUUCAUGUCAUCUCCUCGUGCAUUUCAGUCUACUAUCAGAAGAGUCCAAUCAAUCACAGGUUUCACAAAGAAAACAUCCCCACUAACCUACCUUGGAUGUCCUCUGUACAUUGGCAGGUUGAGAAUAUCUCACUUCAACAACCUUACAUCCAAAAUAGUUGGGAGAAUUAGAGAUCGACAUGGCAAAAUGCUUUCCCAUGGGGGAAGGGCAACCUUGAUAAAACAUGUUCUUCAAUCCAUGACAAUCCACCUGUUGUCAGCUAUCUCUCCUCCUAAAACAGCCCAGAAACAAAUAGAGAAGCUUGCAGCUUCUUGGCAAAAACUGUGCUUUCCAGUUGAAAAAGGAGGUCUGGGCUUCAGAACUAUUGCAGACAUCUGCAAAUCUAUGGAAUUCAAGCAGUGGUGGCACUUUAGAAUUGUUCAAUCUCUGUGGAGUAGUUUCCUAAAGGCCAAAUAUUGUCAGAGAUCCAAUCCCAUCUCCAAAAAAUGGGAUUCUGGUCAAUCUCAAGCAUGGAAAAGAAUGAUGUUUAAUAAGAAGGAAGCAGAAAAGAACAUAAGGUGGAGGCUACACCCAGGUAAUUGCAGUUUCUGGUGGGAUAAUUGGUUGGGCUCUGGGCCAUUAGAACAACACAGAAAUGAAGGUGGUAGACCUGGGAAUGUCCGAGUCUGCAAUUUUUGGGCUGAGGGUAACUAG